UAUGCUCAUACCGUGUCAGACCACUGCGCAUUCCCACCACUUUUAUACAAACUUACGUCAUAUUCGUGUAGCAUCGGAAUGAAUCGGAUGUACUCGGUGAUUCGCAAUGGCUGCGUUCGCUCGGUUCGCUGUUUAUGUCGAGUAAUUCGUUUGUGAUUAUUACAGUGUACGCAAUGGCGUGUAAUGUGAAAGGGUGUGGGAACUAUCCGGCAAAGACCAGAAAGAUCGAAGGAAAUAAAAUAAAAUAUUUUUCCUUCCCAAAGGAUCCAGCACUGUUUAAUAAGUGGCGUCAAGCAUGCGGAAAAGAAAAUAUUUCACCAAAAUAUGCUAGGAUAUGUUCGAAGCAUUUUGCUGAUGAAGCUUUUACGAAGCCCUUACAACAACAUCUACUAGGUUAUUCACCUAUACGAACUAGGAAGAUACAUCCUGAUGCUAUCCCGACGUUGCAUCUCCAUGCAGUACCUCCACUAACAUCAAACGAAAAUGUGUUAGCUGAAACAAUGCCUUUGCCUGUAUCAAAUGAAGUUUCGAUGGAUGUUGAACAGACACCAGCAUCGUCCAGUAUAGAAGAACAGACACCAGCAUCGUCCAGUACAGAAGAACAGACAGCAGCAUCGUCCAGUACAGAAGAACAGACACCAGCAAAAUAUAAAGCAAAAUAUAUAGCCGGAUACGUAGCAUUUAGAUUUAAAAGCACAGAUAAAACAUUAGGUAUUGAAACGCGCCAAUUGGAAACAACGGGUGACCAAGAUUGGCUGCAAGUUAUUUCGCGAGGAAAAUGUAUGUAUCCGAGUGACAAAUUAUUACAAUGUGCUCGUAUAAUGAAUAUUGAGUUUGCUAAAUAUCACGGAUCCAGUUUGAAUAAAGAAAAUCUUAUAUUUCAUAACUUAGCAAAAAUAAUAGAACCACAAUUGAAAAUUAAAAUACCGAGAGAGGCAUUACUAUGCCUCAUUAGGACUAGGACAUAUAUUAGGCUGCGCGAAAUGAACCGAGCGAUUGCAAGCGCAAAUCACAGGCAAAAAAGAAGAAAGAUGUCAAAAUUUACUAAUAAAAAACCUGUAUAUUAAAUAUUUGCAUUUAUUGUUAUUUGAUCUUUUAUCUGCAUCUUUCCUCUGCAUAUAUAGUUCUUUAUGUCGUACGCCACAAUAUAUUUUUGUUUUGCGUCUCA